AUGUCGUCGAUCGCGACGCAACGUCUGAUGGCCGAACGCAAAGCGUGGCGGAAAGACCGACCUUUUGGCUUUACCGCCGGGCCGACGAAAGAAGUAGCAUCAGAAACAACGACAACAACAACAUCAGGAGGAGAUAAAGGAGGAAACAAUGUGAAUUUCUUCAAAUGGAAAGCGUUGAUUCCAGGACCGAGAGAUACCAUCUGGGACCAAGGGUUUUACCCGGUCACGUUAGAGUUCAACAAAGAGUACCCGGUGAAACCACCGAAAGUGAAAUUUCCGGAAGGGUUUUACCACCCGAACGUGUAUCCGAGCGGAACCGUGUGUUUGUCCAUCUUGAACGAAGAAGAGAAUUGGUCGCCCUCUAUUACGGUGAAACAAAUACUUUUAGGCGUUCAGGAUUUAUUGAAAACGCCAAACCCUUUGUCACCGGCACAGUCGCCGGCGUACGUGAUGUACACGCAAGAUCGGACGGAGUAUAACAGAUUAGUGAAAGAACAGAGUAAAAAGUAUCCAGCUCCGAUUUGA